CGGGAAUUUUAAAUUGGAAUAAAAAUGCGAUAAUAACUGAUAUUUAUAUUUUUUAUAUGUCAGGAUUUGCAAAAUCUGUACUUCGGAAUUCGCACGCAGCAAAUAACCAACGUGCAUGAAGCGUAUGAUCAUAACUGCUUCUAAAAUAUCGACAUAGAAAAUUUGUCUAUUGUGGGGAAUGCUGUGGCCCUAAGUGAACCAUGCGAGAAGAAUUUUCAUGAAGAAAAUGAUAUAGAAUAUUUUGACGAAUACCAGGAGUAUUGUUUUGAGAAGUAUCUCCACAAUAAAAUUAAUAACCUGAUGACAGAAUAAAAGUAAAAAUGACAGUUGUAGACUAUUUACAAACUUUGGCUGACAAUCCAUACUUUGGAGCAGGUUUUGGAUUGUUUGGACUUGGUGCUGGAGCGGCUUUAAUGAGAAAAGGGGCACAAUUUGGUACGACACUUUUACGGCGACAUUACAUGAUGACACUUGAAGUGCCAUGCCGUGACAAAAGUUAUCAGUGGUUACUACAAUGGAUCACAUAUAAAGGUGCCAAGAAAACUCAGCAUCUUUCAGUAGAAACAAGUUUCGAACAGAAGGAAACUGGCCACGUAAAAACUAAAUAUGCUUUUAUACCAAGUGUAGGAACACAUUUUUUCAGGUAUAAGAGCAAGUGGAUAAAAGUAGAAAGAACGCGAGAGCAGCAAACUAUAGAUAUGCAAAUGGGAAUACCAUUUGAGACGGUACAGCUCACAUCUUUUGGAAGGGACAAGAAUAUCUACUUUAAUAUCCUCGAAGAAGCUAGGUGCAUGGCUUUAAAAGAACAUGAAGGAAAAACUAUAAUGUAUACUGCAAUGGGAAGUGAUUGGAGACAGUUUGGGCACCCUAGAAAACGUAGACCGUUGAAAUCUGUAAUUUUAGAUACAGGUAUUGCAGACAAACUGUUGACUGACUGUCGAGAAUUCAUAGAACAUCCUGAAUGGUAUAGCGAUAGAGGAAUUCCAUAUCGAAGGGGGUAUUUACUUCAUGGUCCACCUGGUUGUGGAAAGUCAUCUUUCAUCACUGCCGUAGCCGGAGAAUUAGAACGCGGUAUUUGUGUAUUGAAUUUAUCAGAACGCAGUUUAACAGAUGACAGAUUGAACCACCUGCUGGCUAUAGCCCCACAACAAACCAUAAUUCUUUUGGAGGACAUCGAUGCUGCUUUUCUUAGCAGAGAAGAAUCCAAACAAGUAAAAGCAGCUUAUGAUGGUCUAAACAGAGUCACGUUUAGCGGAUUAUUAAAUUGCCUUGAUGGCGUGGCAUCAACUGAGGCAAGAAUUCUGUUUAUGACAACUAAUUACUUGGAAAGAUUAGAUCCUGCUCUUAUAAGGCCUGGUAGAGUAGAUGUUAAAGAAUACGUAGGUUGGUGUACAUCUGAACAAGUUGAACAAAUGUUUCAUAGGUUUUAUAAAGAAUCAUCUCCUGAAAUGGCUAAGGAUUUUGCAGAUAAAGUAAUGAUGCAUAAGAAAAACGUAAGUCCAGCGCAGAUACAAGGGUUUUUCAUGUUCUAUAAGAAUGAUCCUCAAAAAGUAGUAGAAAAUGUACCGCAAAUAUGGGAACUCACUUGAGGAUGUUGAGAAAAUAGUAUUAGCUUGAAAAGUGAUUCUAAAAUAUAUUGUUACUGUUUUGUAAUCUACCGAUAUUCAAUCAUGGGUGGAAAAAUGAAAGUGAUUUUUUGCAACGACUUAUUCAUUUUACUUAUAAUUAUUUUUGUUGAAAAAUUGUAAUAAAAAAUAUUUUUAUUGUUACUC